GGAGAAUUAACAGCGGCCUAAAAGCCGUUAUCAUUCCUUCCCGGAAGUCUCUAUGGCAUCCUAGAAGGGAGUGGAACGAAAGGCACGUUGGCGGAAGUGCCUUUACCUCAAGUUUCCGGUUAAUACCUGACGCUGAAGCAGCAUCAAGGACUUGAAACCAUGAUGGAUCCUCUACGAGCACAGCAGCUGGCAGCUGAGUUGGAAGUGGAGAUGAUGGCUGAUAUGUACAACAGAAUGACCAAUGCCUGCCAUCGCAAGUGUGUGCCCCCACACUACAAGGAGGCUGAGCUGUCAAAGGGGGAGUCUGUGUGCCUGGAUCGUUGCGUCUCCAAGUAUUUGGACAUCCAUGAGCGCAUGGGCAAGAAAUUGACAGAGCUCUCAAUGCAGGAUGAGGAGCUGAUGAAGAGGAUGCAGCAAGGGUCUGGGCCAGCAUAAAACACUAUCAUUUUGUAAUGGACUGUGUGCCCACUUGAUCCUCCUGUUCCCCCUUCCCCCACAAUGCCUGGACUCAGUGUUGAACCUUCCUUUUGCCAAUAAAACAUUAAUGUUAUAUUA